AACAAAAUGACGGUUGCCCCUAGCGACGAAACAAAUCCAUCAUGGCGGUUCCAGCCGGGGUGAAACUUGACGACGGAUCGGGCGGGUUUUUCACAAAUUGUUUCCCGGCAAAGAAUAUUUUCAGGCAAUCAGAGGAUGCCGGGGCAUGGAUGGUGGCUCAGAAAGCUGAGCAGCGGCGUCACUUCAAGGCUGUCCUGUGUGCAAAGCCCAAGACCUACUCGCAGCUGAAACAUGAACGGAAGGAGAAAGAAAAAGAGGAACGACGGAGGAGGCAGCCUCCAUCUUCACCAGACGCCUUCGUUGAAGCCAACACUACCACUCCGGGCUUAAUGGAUGGUUUCUUCCUGCUGAAGCACUGUUGCGUGGAGGACCCUUCUGACGUCUGUUCCAUCAACGUCACUGGCAAAGAAUUGACGGACGUCAAGGAAGAAGAUUACCAGCUGUUCGACAAUGCGGCGUACAUCAAUGCUGGAGAGAACCUCUUGCCGUUUGAGGCCUUCAACCACUUUCCAAUAGUUAGGGAGUUAGAGUUACCCUUGAACGCUUUGCGGGGAAUCUGUGUGGACCUGGACGACUUUCCCUGCUUAGAAGUACUUGAUUUAUCCUACAACAACCUCUCCAAAGAAGACAUCCUGGCGUUGGGCCUGCUUCCGAAACUCAGGGUGCUGUACCUAACUGGGAAUCAGUUACGUUCGCUGCCCGUGGAGCUGGCCAAGCCGUAUAUAGUGCCACUUCAGGACAACAAGGAAACCUCAAUCCCCCGCUUCCCAAGCCUGGAGCUCCUCUCCCUGGACGACAACCACCUGACGGACCUAGCCACCUUUGCCAGCCUGGCAGGCCUCAAGCGGCUCAAGCGACUCAAUCUGGAUAAGAACGACAUCCCCUCGGUGCCGCACCUCAAGGCACUCAGCGGCAAGCACGUGGCAGUGGAGAGUGAACCCCCAUCGGCUGCCUCUACUCCGGGGCGGAAGUCUAGAAGGAGGUCAGCGAAGAGUCGAAGUGGGAGCAGGUCUGGGUCUGCAUCACCAGGAAUAACUGCAGCAGACUUAGAUCGAAGAGACACUGUCGAAUCAGAGCAGCAUCUGGCGGACAUCAAAGAGGAGUCAAGAAACAGCAGCUUGCACGAUGACAGUCCUGCCCAGGAUCUUCCGCCGCCUUUUCCCGAGUUGGAGCAUCUAAGUCUUGCCUUCAAUAAGAUCACUGAUGAGGAAUCCCUCCUUGCCGUCGCCGCGUGGCCGAUGCUGAAAGAACUCGUCAUCCACGACAAUCCGCUCACAACCAACAGCAGCGGGGAUCCACCGUUACUCAAGAGGUACCUGACUGACAGGUUAGGCAUCAGCAUGGUGCGCAGGAAACCAGACUACAAACCUAAGCCUGUCAUCCAGGUCCCUGCCAAGCCACACAGAAAGGUUGCUGAGGUUGUACCACCAAUCCCCAAGAAACCCCUCCAGUUAAUGCUAGAAUCCGCCCACGCUACCAAAGCCCUUCCCUCGUCACCAUCCCAUCCCACCCCUCCUCCAGCAAUGGACAAGCCCCAGCAGUCCAUCUCUGGUCCCCUCCCACCAAUCCCGGCCACUCCUGACGGCAGGCCCAAGACUGAUCCACUUCACAACAGGGAGAGUCACGAGGCGGGGUUGGAGGAGGAGAAGUUGACGCGGACAAAGUCCUGGACUGCUGAGAGCUUCCCAAGCUCCCAGGCAGCCAGCGGCAAAGAGAAAAUCCAACAAGCAGAUGAACCCGUCUUCCUCACGCAGGUGGAUGAUCAGACAGAGGAUCCAAAACCUGAAGAAGUGCCACCGAAACAGCAAUCAGACAAACAUCCCAAGAAAGAGAAGGCAAAGAAGAUGGAGCGAAAGGACAGCGCUGCCUACUCCAUGUCCGUCCCGGAAAAGUUCAAAGGUUACGAGAUAUUCUACGACACACCUGAAGACGUGGAGGAAGAACCAAUCGUUACAGAUAUCCAAGGCAACCUGCGAUCCCUAAGGUUGGCCCUCAAACACCCAACGCUGUACCAGAACCAGGUGGAUCUGGAAAAACUCCAGAAGCCGUUUGAGCCGUAUCAGAGGAGCAAGUUUCAGCCCCGCCCACCCCACAAGAGCAAAGCAGAGAAACUGGAAGACGUCCUGGAGACGAUGAAGAAUCGACUGGUGAUCGAGGAGGUGAAUCUGGGCAAGUUGCUGGAAGAUCGCAAGAUGCUCAAGAAGGAAUACCCAGAGGUCAUGCAGCUCCUGCAGGAGAUCCAGGCCAAGUACAGCGCGGUGCGGGCCAGCUCCAUGCACGCCAGCCAGAGUCAGCAAGACGCCGUGGCCGAAACCCUGAAAGCCAUGCAGGGACUCGGCGAUCGACUGCACGAGCAGAGGUCGGCACACGAGGGCGCCGGGCUAAGUGAGCAGAGGGCGACACAAGGGGGCGCCAGACCCAAAUCGGGGAGCAAGACCAGAGUCAAGUCUGCCAGUGCAGUGAAGUUAUGAUAAGAUGAAAAAAAAGAAGAGACCUCAUAUGUUUUAAAGCAUCCAAAAACAGCUUCCAUAAAUACAAACUGUAGAGUGUUUAUCAAAGAUUGUAUCAUUUGCAAAGUGUACAUAACUAUGAAGUGUACGGGUGUAUAGUUAAUCUGAUAUUCAAAGUGUGCAUUCAGUUACACAUGAUAAAUUAGUGUUAAAUACCGCAUGACUUUGGUACAGAAAUAAUAAAUUAUUUGAUUGGAACAAGUGCGUCCAGUUUAUUUUUUUUUGCCACCAUUUUGCAACAGACGGGAAGAAAUGAAAUAUCGUAAUCGUUAAACUUUUGACGUAUAAAGACUUGUGUUUAUUCAUACCUAUCAUCAAUUAUGUCCCCAAUACUAUUAUUACAGUUUUAUAUUCAGAACACAUAAAAAACACCUGGGUAUGAAGAAAGUAACCUUUUUCGAAACCAGAGGAAGUUUUUAGGGGAUCAAGUUUGAGAAAAAACUGUCCAACAGUUUAAAAUAUAGAUCAUAUCCCUUUUUUUGCUUCCCUGAUUAAAGGAGAAGUCCUGGAACCAAAAUCUACAAAUAUAAUUUACAAAGUGAUUAUUAUAUUAAUAUAUCCCAAACACCUAAAUAUUAACAAUACUUACAAAAAAACCCUACAAUUACAGGAGAUAAUUCAAGGGGAAAAAAAUGCAAUAUACACCAUUUUAUUUCAAACUUAUUGUACAUAAACAGUCAGUUUAAUUUAUUACAAAUAAUGACGUGAUUAAGUGUCAAUCAAUAAAAUAUCUACACAAGGUACUUAAUAAUUGGGAUAUUUGUAAGUAAGCAUACCCCAACUCCUCUCCCCCCUCCCAAAAAAGAAAUCCCAAAGAACAUUUAGUGAGACAAUUCGGUAGAAAUAUUUCUUUUAAUUAAAAUCUGCUAAGUUUUAAUCGUGCAUGUGUAUCACAGAAACAAAAAUUGGACUUCCCAGUUUUUUUUUUAGAUUUGAACUAGGCUUUUAAUUGGCUUGUCAGGAAUAAAAUCACAGUUAAAAUCCAGCAUUUCUCUUCUAGACCAAUAUUUAGGUAUCCCUUUUCCCAACAUACCUAUCAAUUUCCAAUGUCUUCGUAAAUACUGGAUAUUGUGUCCAGCACCAACACAAAGAGAACUGCCGUCUUCAUAGUAAGCUUCGAAAGAAAAAGCAGAAAUUCUUUUUUAAACAACAGAUCUGCUAAUACGUGUCAUCACUUGUUACAACCAGCUAAAAAAAAUGAUGCAGAAAAAAAAGAAGACAUUGACAAGGUUUCUACGCAUCUUGAAAUCUGGAGAUGAACUCGCAAGUACAAUGCAUUAAACGCUCGCGUAUGAAAACCAUACACUCAACCAGGUAUAUUAACGCCACUUCAAACUUGAACAUCAGCAGAGGGAAAAAAACAACAAACAAACAAACAAAAACUCCCCCAUUUUUACGCGUAACACGAACUAAAACUCUACAGGCAUAAAAUACAUUCACUACUGGUACAUGGGGAAAAAAUGUAUUAACAUUCUAAUUUGCAUUCUAAGUGCCACGUAGUUGCAUAAAGAGUAAUAAAUAAGCGAUGUGCACACUAACAAAUAAUAAUGUAAUAGUAAUACAUAUCAAUCUAGAAAGCCUAACUAUUAUUUGAUAAAGAAAAAACAAUUUUCCGACAUACUUUAGGGGAUCGUGCCUGAAUAGCCUUUCGUAAUAAUUUUCAUGUGUGUCCAGUGAUUGGUUUAAAUACACGGAUGAAGUUGUCAAUAUUGGUGAAAGGUUGGGGAACUGAAAAAGUGGGCGUGAACUGAAAAAGUGGGCGUGGACAGUGGGGGGGGGGGGGGGAGGUUAGACUGAUAAUAGGUAUCACAGUGUGUAACUUAGCAAACCUACAGCAAACUCCGCCUACUGGAUGUGAUUUAGUUUUUGUUUUUCAUUUUGGAGAGCAUGAAUAGUGUUUACAAAAAAGAUUUGUGCAAAUUAAAAAAAAAAUAUCAAUUUCACGUUUCAGUUCCUGGUACAACAUUGAUAUGGAAAAAAACAAACAAACACACAAAACACCUAAAAGCUACCAGCAUACUUUUUACAGCUGCUCUGAAGUCAGUCCGUGUCACAUGACCCCGUAAGGAGCCCUGCGUCCACCUGAUGAGUCACAUGACCACAGUCAUGUGACCUGCCAUCUGUCAAAGAAGCUGCCAUUGGUAUCGAACAUUUUUGCUCCAACA